CAACGAAAGCAUACCCCAUCGCGGCUGUCUCCGGGUCCAAUCUCCGUAUCGCAUCACCCAAGGCCUCGCUUGCAGGGAGCGAGUGAAGCCGGUGUCUGCUCACGCUUUCGCCCGAUAUCGCAAGCGUCGAGCGAGGAUGCUCACCCACCUCGAAGAAGAACCUUCUCGGCCGCCAUCACCAUCACCAAACCCUAUCCCCACUAUCGAGUCCAAAAGUGAGAUCUACCUGAGCUCCCCUGCGAAACGAAAGCUCACCGUGCUUCAAGGCAACGCUGCCGGGAGCGCCGAACCGUACGCUACAAAUCAUAAUGCAGACGAAAGAACGCUGAAAAGUCGGCCAAGGCAAGACGUGGACCCAGAUGACGACAGACGUAGGAAACGACAUUGUGGAGAACAGACGACAACCAAUGAGAAGGAUGAUAUCGUCGUGCCUCUAUUCGUUCACCUAGAACAUGAUGGACAUGGCAAGGAGAGAUCCCUGUCAGCGGAUUCACCGCUCGCUGGGGCCUCUGUACCACCUUCCCCAAUGCCGCAGUCCAAAAGUGUUACGGCUUGCAGCACAUCUUGUCGCGCCAUCUCUGUCAACGACACUGGACGAUCAGGUCUGCCAGAAUUGACCAGAAGCAACGAUGCGCCUGGGAUACUCAAACAUGACUCGCAUACUCUCCCAUCUGUCGGCCCCUUGGCGCUCAGCCAUAAAUCCGUCGACGCUGCCGAGCACCCACAACCAGACACUACUGCAGACGACGGUCUCGGAAACCAUGGAAGCGUGCCCGCCAAGAAGAAAAAGUCGCCGCACUUCACAGAGGCUGAGGAUGCGAUCAUCUUACGUGGGUACGAGAUGUACGGAGACAACUGGGACGAGAUCAUCAGAUGGGGCAAUCUGGAUCGGUCCGUCCGAACUACCAUAUCUGUCAAAGGGAGAUUUACUAGGCUGCAGACUGCGAGAAAGAAGGAAGUCCCAACGUUGGGAGCGAGUGUUCCCCAGAAUGUCGCAGGCGAAGAGAAGAAGCCAGAUAAUAACUCCUUGUCGAAUCACUCGUUAUUGUCCAAUGAGGAUGCGAUGGCAUCAGGCUUGAAAACUCCCGCGCGGCAUACGAAGUCGUGGUCGCAACGUUUGGACGGUGGUGGACACAAUGCGCUGGUCUGGACAAACGGAGCGGACGCGCAGAUAGCAUCGAGUUUAAUACACACCCCGACCGGAAUGUCGCCCGGUGCCAAACCGUCUGCACAAGCCUCAACCAAGAAGAUUCAUGAAUACUUUUCAAAAACCGCUGGAGGCUCUGAGCGAGCACCCGUGAAGGACGGCAACAAGCGUUCCAGGGCUGGCAGCAGAGAGGUGGAUGAUGGUACGGGAACUGAUGGAUUGGACUCCGCACCAUUCCUGACCGAUGCUCCCCUUCGUGUUUCCGAGAAGGUCAACGACGCAUUAGUCAAGGAGUUGGAGGAACUCCGGGCGCAGCUGCACACAUUCGCCCAAACAAACGAAAAUACCCAAGUGCAGCUCCGAGGUGCAACCAACGAUCGGGAGGAACUGCAAAAGCAAAUCCAGGAGCUGGAGCACGAACGAAGCGCCCUGGAAGCCCAGACCUGCGCGCUACGUGAGGAAGCCCAACAGAGCAUCGCCAACAUCGAAGCACAAGCCAACGCUCAACUAACCAAGGCGCGGUUGCUCUUGGUCGAUAUGCUGAGAGAAAAAGCGACACAAAGCGGACGAGAAGCGCGGGAGAAGGUUAAUGCGCACCUGCUGCGAUUAGGGAGCAUCAAGUAUGACCGGCAUGGCAUGGGAUUUCAUGAACGAUGGGAGGACGGGUAUGCGCUAAAAGAACAGCAUGAUCAGCUCAAUAGGAUUGGGAGGGAGAAGGAGGAUAUCGAGCGUAAGCGGAAGUUGCUGGCUAGACGGCUACGAUUGACGAAGGCAUUGCAUGCGGAGGCGAGCAACAAUAAUACCGAGUCAGGGUUCAAAUCAGAUGGUGGGUCGCUGGAGAAACCCAUGCCACAUGCUCGGACGAAUGCCGCCGGCAACAGCUCCUCCAACACCACGCAAAGCCCACUCGAACCCAUCUCAUCUGGGGAAUACUUUGAACUUGACGAAAUCGCCAAACUACGCCUGGCUGCCUUGAAACGCGAAGAAACCGAAACACAGGUCCUACUCGACAAACUCACCCUCCAACGCGACCUCCACAUCCGCGCCUGGCGCCGCAUCAAUGACGAAGACGCCUCCCGCUUCAGCGGCCACCCGCUCCUCAACGACCGCUACCUCCUCCUCAACCUCAUCGGCAAAGGCGGCUUCAGCGAAGUCUACCGCGCCUUUGACACCAUCGACAUGCGCCACGUCGCCUGCAAACUCCAUUCCCUAAACGAAACAUGGAGCGAGGAACGCAAGCAGUCGUAUAUCAAGCACUCCAUCCGCGAAUAUCGCAUUCAUAAGACACUCGUGCACCCGCGCGUCGUGAGGCUGUACGAUGUGUUUGAGUAUGAUCAUUUGUCGUUUGCGACGGUUAUGGAGUAUGUGUGCGAGGGCAGGGAUCUCGAGGAGUAUUUGCAGGUUGUGAAGGCGGUGUGUGAGAAGGAGGCGAGGUCGAUUGUGACGCAAGUUUUGGGGGCGUUGAAGUAUCUGAAUGAGUUGGAGAAUCCGAUUAUUCAUUAUGAUUUGAAGCCGGGCAACAUUCUCUACCACAAAGGAGAAGUCAAGCUGACGGACUUUGGGCUCUCCAAGAUUGUGGAAAACGCUGAGCCGCGCUUCCGGACGCCCGGAUUCGCACCUCUAGGCGUUAAGGACAUUGAGCUGACAAGCCAGGGUGCUGGCACCUAUUGGUAUCUCCCGCCGGAAGUCUUUGGCGGUCGGCGGGGACAGGAGCCUGUUAAGAUUUCCAGCAAGGUGGACGUCUGGUCCCUCGGCUGCAUCUUCUACGAACUCCUGUACGGCGCCAAACCGUUCGGCAACAACCAAAGCCAGCAAACGAUCCUCGAAGAAAGCACCAUCACCCGCGACGCCGGCAAGCUCGAGUUCCCAGUCAAACCGGUCGUUUCGCAGGAGACGAAGGAUUUCAUUAGGAGGUGUUUGGAGUAUCGGAAGGAGAGGAGGCCGGAUGUUCUGCAAUUGUCGAACGAUCCAUACGUGAAUCCACCCGUCACCGGUUUGAAAGAUGGCGGAAGUGCCCGUGCUGCUACCAAGUAGGUUAGCUUCUGUGUGGCUGCGGAUGGGCGUUUUCGACGAAACACAGGAAAAAGACGUAUCAGUUCCGAGAAGGCAUUAAAGGGAGUGUAAACGGUGAAGUUUUGUAAAUAGGAGUUUAGGUUCGUGAUGUGAAGUCGGAGCAUUCGCAAAUCGCAUACUAUUG